CCGGAAAUUCAGAAAACGUUUCAACGAAGUGUUUUCAGCGUGCAGACUUCAUAGAGGAGGUUCUAAGCCUGCCAUUACUGGAUCAGGACUAAAAGGACAAGGCAGCACAGCCUGCCAGCAUUAACUGCUCCAUAGGUUUACAGCCAGCCAAGUAGUCCUAGGCUCGGAACACCGUCAUCCAAGAUGGACUCCUGGGUUCGGUUCAAUGCCCAGAGUCAGGCCAAGGAGAGAGUUUUGAGGGCUGCACAGUAUGCUUGCAUGUUGUUGGGCUACACUCUGCACAAAAGCAGUGUAGCCACUGAACUCCAAAGAACGAUCAGUGAACUGGAAGCACAUAUGAGCCUGACAAGAAAGUUGCUGCGUCUGGGGAACUCAGUGGAGGCUCUGCAGGCGGCCAAGAUGACCAUCCAUCUUUCUGACAGUGUUCUGAGGCUGUGCCUUACCAUUGGUCACCUGAACAGAGCCAUGUACUUUGCUUGUGACAAUGUUCUGUGGGCAGGAAAAAUUGGCAUAAUUUCCAAACUUGAUCAACAGAAAUGGAAUCAUAGAUCUUUCAGGUACUACCUAUUUGCUCUGAUUCUCAAUGUCACUCGAGAUGUAUAUGAACUCUGCCUGCUCCUGGACUGCGAGGAUUGUUACAGAAGUACCAAAUCACCAUUGUCUACUAGCCCCAGCAGUGCCAUCCCUGCUGACCAACUUUCUUCAUCAUCAUCAUCUUCUUCCAUUCCAGUCACUGCAACUCCUGCUGUCAUGUGGGUCUGGCUCCGCAAACGCAUCCAUCAAGUAGGAACUGUCCUGUACAACAACCCACCACUCCUGUUGGACCUGCUGAAGAAUGGCUGUGAUAUUUUUAUUCCACUGGACAAGCUGGGGAUUUAUCAAACAGGCCCAGGCUUUGUUGGGACUUGUGGGUUGCUCUCAUCAGUCCUCUCUAUUGUCACCAUGCUCCACCCAUGGCUAAAACUCAAGCCAUGAACCCAGAUAAACCACACACACUGGGUCAUCACAACAAAUUCUGUGAAAGAAAGGGUGUCCUGCCAUCACUGUUCCAUGUUAUGGUUCCAUCCAACAACAGGUGGUUUAUCAUUCCAAAAAAACAUAUCCUUGCUCCACCUGGGGCCAAAUAUAUUAAAAAAGACACCAACAAAUGCAUGUCACUAAAACUGUGCACACACAGCAGAAAUGUUUGACACUUUAAAUGUUCAUUUUUUAUUGGUCCAUUGGUUUAUUCAUUUUAUUGCAAAAUAUAAAUUUUUACAAUAACUCAUAUCAGAAAGAUAGUUAAAUAGUUUCCAAACAUACAUAAAUCACAUAGCUACGGAAGAGGACUAGGGCCACCAGAAAAAAAAAUUCUGAGAAUAAAGUCAGAAAGUCAGAAUUCUUUUUUUUUUCGGUGGCCCUAAUCCUCUUCCGUAGAUAGCAGCACCUAUACACAGGAGUUUGUUUUUCUGCCUACAGACCAGUAGACAGUAAUUAAUAAUUAAUUAAUAAUCUCACUGGACAAUGUGACUUUCUCUUUAAAAUGUGCUGAGAAAGGUGGGUGGCUUUGUUGGAAAUUUAGUUUAGCAUCUGAUCCCUGUUGUUGCAGUUUAAAUUUCAGUUUUUCAAAUAAUUAUCAGGUACUAAUAUCUAAGAAAUAUUAUGUUAUUUCACACUGGGUUGAUACACCAUGACUUUUAACUGAUCAAAGUGCAACUAAAGCAUGUUAACAAGAUGCAUUGUCUAUUAUUUCUCUGCCAUGUGUUUUUUCUCAGAUGAAAAACCACUAUGAUAACGUGUUAUGUUAUCAUAUAAAGUACCCACCCUCCCCUUAUGUUUUUUCCAGGGGUUAGUUUGUCAAUAAGGGGAAAAAGAAUUGGGACUAAAAUUUGUUCAGAAAAAAGUAAAAGAUUGCAAACUUAUGUCCUGAUGUUGGACUCAGGGGAUUCAACUUGAUGACCUCAGUAAGUACUUAACUUUACUGUGAUUUCAAAUUACAGGUUUUAAUUUGUUCAGACAAUGUUGAAUCUUUCGUUUUUAUUUAGUGUUAGACAUGAGCCAUCUUGGUUAGAAAAUUUCUCACCAGGACACAGACUAUAUGUGUCAGCCAAGGAAACAAAGACACGGCUCCAGAAGAAACAUAUCAAGGUCAUGGAAUGGCUCCUGGCUAGUCUCCUGACCUCAAUCCAAUUGAAAAUCUGUGAAGAGAGCUGAAGCUUCGUGUUUACAAACGCAUGCCUAAAAAUCUUAAGAAUUUGGUGAUGGGCCAAAAUUACUCCUGAAGUGUGUGCACACCUUAUGAAAAACCCCAACAAAAACUACUGACUGCUGUGCUUUCCAACAAGGGUUUUGCCAACAAAUAUUAAAUGAUGUUUCACCUGGGGAUCAAAUACUUAAUUCCUUCAAUAGAAUUCAAAUUAUAUAUUUUUUCUAAUUUUUGGUAAUUUUCUGUUUUUCUUUUGAUAUUCUGUGUCACUGUUAAAAUAAAGCUGGCAUAAAAUUCUGAUUAUAUAUGUAUGUAAAAAUGUUUCAUUUUUUGUGUAAUUUUUUUUUUUAAGUCAGUGGGGGAUCAAAUACUUAUUUCCUCCACUGUAAAUAAACAUACAAAAACUUGUGCCUGAAGUGGUAUUUCUAACCGAUGAAUCCUAAGUUUCUCUUAACUUAAUAUAUGUAACUGGAGCACAAGACAAUGUUACAUUUCUGACAAUGGAAGGUUGACAAUUUGGACAGGAUCAGCACCCAGAGAGAAGAAGAGGGAGGUUGUUGGGGAGGAGUAAACAGGCAAAACAGGAAGAGGCAGAGGAGGAGAUGCCAAUGUCCAUCACCAUCAUGUGGUAGUUUGUAAUGUAAAGGUUUGUGUCUCAAAACAGAAUGCCGGUGGAGUUCCUAUCACCUUACUCUUCAUUCCUCAACCCCAUGAGAAAAAUUUUCGAUUUUUUUUCUCAGCAUGUGGAAAUGGAAAUAUGGAGAUGUAAUGCAGUUCCUACAAUACUUACAUGUACCAUUUUCCUUAAGGAGAUCUUAUGUUCUCAUUUUUACUUUUUUGUGCUCUUUUUUUCCCUUCUAUCAAUGACAUGAUCUGUCAAAUUGCUGAACAAAUUAAAAGUGAAUGUGAAUCUUG